AGCGAAAACAAGACAAGCAAAGCAAGCAGCUUUUUUUAGCUUAGUUUAGCUGUCUGUACCUGGCGUUCCACGAUUUCCCUAUUCCACCACGCCUUCCUUUUACGUAUUAAUCCCUCUAAACCCACGUCGUCCCCCACAGUUUUUGUUCAGUUAACCAAGUCUCCGCUGCCGUGCCAGACCCAUAACAAUUGAGAUAAACUCUGUUUUGGGUUUUUUUUUUGUUUCUUUUAGUCUUCUUCUGUUCCUUUUGCUACUGUGAAAAUGGCGGAGGAAGGGUCGAAGGAAAUGCUUUUUCUCCACGGGGACUUAGAUUUAACCAUCGUUGAAGCCAGGAGGUUGCCCAACAUGGAUUUUAUGGCCAAUCAUUUCCGCAGGUGCGUUACCUUCGAGCCUUGCAAACCUUCGUCACAGGCUGUUUCCAAAGAAGAGGGGGACACCAAGGUACACGAGCACCGGAAAAUCAUCACCAGCGAUCCCUACGUCACCGUUUCCCUGCCCCAAGCCACCGUCGCUCGCACACGCGUCUUGAAGAACGCGCAGAACCCGAAGUGGAACGAGCGUUUCAUCAUCCCUUUAGCUCAUCCUGUCAGUGAGCUCGAAGUUAACGUAAAAGACAACGACUUGUUCGGCGCUGAAGCAAUCGGCACCGCCAAGAUCCCGGCUUCGAGAAUCGCCACGGGGGAGCAUAUCACCGGCUGGUUCCCGCUCAUUGGCCCCAAGGGAAAGCCUCCUAAGAAGGACUCGGCGAUAUACCUCGACAUGACAUUCACGCCGUGCGAGAAAAAUUCUUUAUAUAAACAGGGCGUCGCCAGUGACCCAGAGCAAGUCGGAGUUAGGCACACGUAUUUCCCCUUAAGGAAAGGGAACCAGGUGACCCUUUACCAGGAUGCUCACGUGCCGGACGGUAUGUUGCCUAAAAUAGAAUUAGGCGACGGUAAAGUUUAUAGCCAAGGCAAGUGUUGGGAGGAUAUUUGUUAUGCCAUAUCUGAGGCUCAUCAUAUGAUUUAUAUUGUUGGGUGGUCUGUUUUUCAUAAGAUUAAUCUUGUUAGAGAACCUACUCGGCCAUUGCCUCGAGGCGGGGACUUAACACUCGGUGACUUGCUUAAAUAUAAAUCUGAAGAAGGGGUUAGAGUUCUGUUGUUGGUUUGGGAUGAUCAAACUUCCCACGAUAAAUUUGGUAUCCGAACGGCUGGAGUGAUGCAGACGCAUGAUGAAGAAACUUUGAAGUUUUUUAAGCAUUCCUCUGUUACUUGUGUGCUUGCUCCACGCUAUGCUAGCAAUAAGCUUGGGUAUUUCAAACAAAAGGUUGUUGGAACUAUGUUUACGCAUCAUCAAAAAUGUGUCCUUGUUGACACACAGGCAGUCGGCAAUAACAGGAAGAUAACUGCAUUUGUUGGAGGUAUCGAUCUCUGUGAUGGUCGCUAUGAUACACCUGAACAUAGACUACUUCAUGAUCUUGACACUAUUUUCAAGGAUGAUUUUCAUAAUCCUACUUUUCCUGCUGGAACCAAAGCCCCAAGGCAACCAUGGCAUGAUUUACACAGCAGAAUCGAAGGGCCUGCUGCAUAUGAUGUUCUUAUUAACUUUGAGCAGCGGUGGAGGAAAUCAACCAGGUGGAAAGAGUUCAGCCUACUGUUUAAAGGGAAAUCUCACUGGAACCAAGAUUCUUUGAUUAGGAUAGAACGUAUCUCAUGGAUACAAAGUCCUCCCUUAGCGGUGACUGAGGAUGGUGCUACAAUAGUUCCAGAAGAUGAUCCCAAAGUACAUGUUCUUAGCAAAGAUGAUCGUGAAAACUGGGAUGUUCAGAUUUUCCGCUCCAUUGAUUCAGGAUCACUGAAAGGAUUUCCAAAAUACAUGAAAAAAGCUCAGAAUCAGAAUCUUACCUGUUCAAAAAAUCUGGUGAUAGAUAAAAGCAUUCAAACUGCUUAUAUACAGGCUAUCAGAUCUGCCCAGCAUUACAUAUAUAUUGAAAACCAGUACUUCCUUGGAUCUUCAUAUGCAUGGCCAUCGUAUAAAAAUGCAGGGGCCGAUAAUCUGAUCCCUAUGGAACUGGCACUAAAGAUUGCUUCUAAAAUUAGAGCAAGGGAGAGAUUUGCGGUAUAUAUUGUUAUUCCUUUAUGGCCUGAGGGUGAUCCUAAAACUGCUACUGUACAGGAAAUUCUAUAUUGGCAGAGUCAAACAAUGCAAAUGAUGUAUGAUGUUGUUGCACAAGAACUCAAGUCCAUGCAAAUUAAGGAUGCACAUCCUCGAGAUUACCUCAAUUUAUAUUGUCUUGGUAAGCGGGAAGAGGUCUCUCAGGAAAUGCUCAAUGGCAGUAAUUCGGUCUCUGACUCUGCAAAAUUUGGUCGGUUCAUGAUUUACGUGCAUGCAAAGGGAAUGAUAGUAGAUGACGAGUACGUAAUAGUGGGAUCAGCUAAUAUUAACCAAAGAUCCAUGGCUGGUACAAAGGACACAGAGAUAGCUAUGGGUGCCUUUCAACCACAUUAUACAUGGGCCAAGAAAAAAUAUCCUCGCGGUCAGGUAUACGGAUAUAGAAUGUCGUUAUGGGCAGAGCAUCUAUGCGAUAUAAACAAGCUGUUCAAGGAGCCAGAAAGUCUAGAUUGUGUGAGGACAGUGAAUGGGAUUGCCGAAGAGAACUGGAAGAAAUUCACAGCUGCUGAAUAUUCGCCAUUGCAGGGUCACCUUCUGAUGUAUCCUUUGCAAGUAGAUAUCGACGGAAAAGUAGAACCACUCCCGGGACAUGAAAAUUUCCCAGAUGUUGGUGGUAAAGUAAUCGGAGCUCAGUCGAUGCAACUUCCCGAUGUUCUUACAACAUAAUUGAGAAUCUUCUUUCCCCGAUGUUGUGCUCCUCAUCAAACGAACUGACUGGUAGACAUGGAACAAUGGCAUGGCAUUGGUGGACUGGACCUUGUAAAAUCAUAUUUGCAUAUCUAUUUUUCUUAUGUGUGAAAUAAUAGUUUGUGAAAAAAAAAGGAUUUGGGAAUAGUUUGUAAAAAGCAAAAAGUAAUUGCAUAUUUGGUUUCUAUUAUGUACCUGCUCUGUGUAACUACUGUGAUAUUCAUACGCUGUUGGGAGUUGUUUUUUAUG